AUGGGUCGCUUCUAUAAUAUAUCCACGUAUUCAUCCAAUAUCAAAACUGAACAUAUUACAAGAUGUUUGACAAUUUCUUUGUUUACUUCAAUUUUUGUGGCUUUUAUGGUUUAUGAUAUUCGUAAAGUAAUAUUAGCAAAAUCUUAUCCACUUAUCGAAACCAAAUUCGAAGUUCGAGAAAGGUUAUAUAUGCCUGGAUUAGUUAUUUGUGGACCAAAUAUGAAUGUUCAACCAAAAUGUUAUUUGGGGUUGACGGGCACUAAAGGAACCGAAUGUGAUAGUCGUUGGUGGACUCAAAGAUCAAUUGAACAAUUUAGAUUUAUUUUCCCAGACACAAUUGGGGAAGGUGCUUGGCUUCCAAAUGCAAGAAAUUGUUACAUAUUUACACCUCCAUACACGGCAAUGUUUUCACCAAACUUGACGGAAGAGUUGACAAUUCAUCUUUAUUCUAACGAAACCACUAUACCCGCACCUUCAACACCUCGAUGGGUUCAAUUCGGUGUCUUUUGGCCAUGGAUGGGACAGGAUCCAUAUUUAGUACGACCAGAUUUCUUUAAUUUGCCAAGCGAAACGUUAUUCACUUUUUCACGAAGAGAACGAUAUAGAUUAGAUGGAAAACUCCAAAUUACUUAUGAUGUAUCUCCUGCAAGGAGAUCAUUACCGAUUUUCAGAAAUGACACAAAGAAAUGGGGUGAAAUUCAUAUUAGACCUGAUUAUGAACCAGCUCUUGGUGGAUACGAAGUUACUGUUAACCGAGAACGUGUAUAUUUCACAGUAUACGAUCUACUUCCAACAAUUGGUGGUUUAAUAGGAUUGCUUUUCUUAAUAUAUAGACUUUUAUGGGGUGACAAUCGGUUAAACCCGUUCGGAUUAUUUCAAAAAUAUAUAUUUCGUUCACUUCCAACCAUAUCUUUUAACCAUUUUGGUAACGGGUAUGGACUAUACAACAAUAAUGCUAUCGCUUUAGAUCGUAUUGAAAAACCACAAUCAGCUGCUAUAAAAUCAAGAUUUAAGAAAAUGUGUGAUGAUGACUCUGAUAAUAUUCAACAUGAUACGAGUUAUCCUUUUAAAGGAUAUGGACCUGAUGAAAUGAGAUGUUCUUUAUUAGAAUCAGGGGCAAAUCCUGGCACUGGUGGAAACAUUAACCAGACAAACUCUGACCAGGUUAAAGAUGAUCAUAGUCAUAUUGUUGAAAUAGAGAAUGUCAAGAAAGAGAUAGAUCAAUUAAGACAAGAACUUCUUGAUUGGAAGAAUAUUUUAACACCUUGUUUCUUUAUACCUUUAUCAACAUAUGCCGCUGAUUAUAACGUAACAGUUGGUCCAGGAACUACUUUCGUCCCUCAAAAUCUUACUGUUAUGCCUGGUGAUAGGGUAAUCUGGAAUUGGGCUGGUGGUCAGCACGAUGUUGUUCAAACUGAUGGUCCUGCCUCAUCUUGCACAAAAUCCGCUGAUCCUAAUGCUUUCCAAUCGUUAGUGAGCCCACCAACAAAUAACUUUAUGAUCACGAUCAACAAAACAUCCGGUGCAUAUUUCUAUAUGUGUAGUGUAGCCACUCAUUGUUCAGCUAGUGGUAUGUGGGGUGUUAUUACGAUCGGCGGUAGUGGCACACCUUCAGGUUCACCUUCUGCUUCCCCUAAUGGUAGUCCAACUGGUGGUAGUAGUCCGGCUAGUAGUGGUAGCCCUGGUAGCUCUUCAAAUCCACCUGCAAAAUCUUCAAGUACUAAAAAUGUUACUAGUAAUUUCAUGUGUGGUGUUGAAGGUUACUCUGCCAAAGUAUGCACCACAUCACCUCAGAACACUCCGUUAGCAUUCCCAAAUACUAGUUAUGAAGUGAAUUUGGGCCGUGAUCAG